CAGCAGGACGGAGGGCGUCCGGCGCCUGCGGGGAAUGGGCGGCGGGGGGCGGCGGUGCCCAGCGGCGCUGCUGCUGGCGCUGCCGCUGCUGGCGCUGCCGGGCGGGCUGGGCAAGCCGACGGCGUGGCAGGAGCGAGCGCGGCCCGGAGCGGCGCAGCAGCACGAGGACGCGCCGGGAUUCCGGUACGACCACGAGGCCUUCCUGGGCAAGGAGGAGGCGCGGAGCUUCGACCAGCUCAGCCCGGAGGAGAGUCAGGAGCGGCUGGGGAAGAUUGUGGAUAGAAUAGAUGAAAACAAAGAUGGCUAUCUCACAACAGAGGAGCUGAAAAACUGGAUUAAACGGGUACAGAAACGCUACAUCUAUGAAAACGUCGCUAAGGUUUGGAAAGACUAUGAUACAAACAAGGACAAUAAAAUCACCUGGGAAGAGUACAAACAAGCUACCUACGGUUAUUAUCUAGAAAAACCAGAAGAAUUCCAAGAUGCAACAGAUCGGCACAGUUUUAAAAAAAUGCUGCCCAGAGACGAAAGGCGAUUCAAAACUGCAGAUCUGGAUGGAGACUCAGCUGCCACUCGUGAAGAAUUCACUGCUUUCCUUCACCCAGAGGAAUUUGAGCACAUGAAAAACAUCGUUGUCUUAGAAACGUUAGAAGACAUAGACAAAAAUGAGGAUGGCUUUGUGGAUCAGGAUGAGUACAUUGCUGAUAUGUUUGCAAAUGAAGAGGGAGGACCAGAGCCUGACUGGGUGACCACAGAGCGUGAGCAGUUUGCAGAUUUCCGUGACCUCAACAAGGAUGGAAAGAUGGACAAAGAGGAGAUUCAGCACUGGAUUCUCCCACAAGACUACGAUCAUGCACUUGCUGAAGCCAGGCAUUUGGUCUAUGAAUCAGAUGUCGAUAAGGAUCAAAAACUAACAAAAGAGGAGGUUUUAGACAACUGGAAUAUGUUUGUUGGAAGUCAAGCUACUAAUUAUGGGGAAGACCUCACAAGAAACCAUGAUGAACUAUGAUAUAAGUAUACCAAGCAGCAUGCCACAGGCCUUUUCUCCAUUUUACUGAAUCUACCAUGUCCAUCCCCUUUUUGGGGAGGAUGGACAAGGGACACACACAAAACUGUAUGACUUGCAUAUAUUUUUAACAUGGCAGUUUAUUACCUCAGAAACUACAUAGAAAUAGGGUUGUUCUUUUUUAACUUUCUUCACAAGGUUAAAUGCUGUAUCUAAUUACACAGUUCUGUUUUGGGGAAAAAAUGGUAAUGUUUCUUAGUAGGUUAGAUCUGGGAAAGGCACUUACAACGUAACUCCAAGGAUCUUCAAUAAUAACAGGUUUUCUUCAAAUGCCCAUUUUUAUCAUAGUAAAAUGCAGCUACGAUUAGUAAGAAAGAAACCUACUUUUUCAGUAGUCUAAGUUGUUUAGACAUCAUUUCUAAUAGUGUUUGAAAUCAUAGAAUGCCUUAAGUUGGAAGGGACCUUGAAGAUCAUCUAGCUCUUAAUUCCCUGCUGUGGGCUGAUUGCCACCCACCAGAUAAGGCUGCCCAGGGCCCUAUCCAGCCUAGUCUUGAAUGCCUCCAGGGAUCAGGCACCCAGAACUUGUCUGUUCUGACAGUUUCACCCUCCUGUACAGAGGUCUGACAAGAUCCACAACCUUUUUGUCCACGCUGCAUUUUUCUCUCUAAGUUGGGCUGAAGGAGAUACCAGCAGACCCAUGGGUCAUAGCUUUACAAGUGCAUCAUGUGCCAUUGGCCCUUCUCUCUAAGUCCCACUGCAGUGCAGAAGCAACAUGUGGCCCAACAGCCAUGCUGGCAUUCCUCAGCAAGGGUUGUGGAGUUCAGACUGACAGCUGUUCCUUCUGACAACAGAAUAAUGUACAUUGUUUGUGGGCUGUUAGUUAUGCUGUUCCCUGGAAGGAAUUAUGCCACAUGGAGCAUAAUUUAUCUCACGCUUUUCAUGCUUUACCCAAGCCAUGCUCUUGUUCACACAGUGUGAAUGGCAGCAGCUCCGUGAUGGAGAAAGAAUGAGACAUAUCACCCCUCUGGGCCUUCUGUUUUCUGUACUACAGACACGGACAGAUUCAUGUGGCUGAAGUUCUGGUUUGUAUGUAUGUACGUAUAAAUAAGUGUUACUGAAGCAACUACAUGGAGACAGCUUUCCUUCCAAAGAAAGGAAUGAGCUUUCCACACAGGUGCUAUCUUUUUUUACUGUAUAAUGUGAGCAGUAACAUGUAUAUUUUUAUAUACUAACUCCGAUAAGUUUGGUUGGUUUAAAAUAUAUUAUUUUUAAAACAAGCACAGUAAAACCAUAACUUUUUGAUACUAUGAAGGUGCAAUAACACUAAUACAGACAGACUAGCAUAGAGAGAUGAUGUGAUGCUUCUUAUGCCAAGAGUUCAGCCUGCAGCACUGGCUGGUCAUCUACAAACAGCAGCUGGAUGUAUGGCACCAACUUUUUCUUCUUUGCAUCGUUAAACAAAGCUAGAAAUAAGUUAAGUGUAUAUUUUUAGUAUUGCUAGAACCUGUUCUGAAUGCUAAGGUCACAUAAGAACAGUGCUAAAUACUUUCAGUUGAAGAUAGCUCUGUAUUACACACACUGGCAGGGAUUACUUGCCUUUGCUAACUUUAUUAUUAAGCUUUUAGCAUGCACCUACAACAUUGCCAGCAAGGUCUCCUAAAAGUCCCUACCUCUUCUGCUAACAUAGAGUAGGACAGAUGUCAUAAGACAUAAACGGUUUUUGCUCUCCCAGUAAUUCCAUGUCAAAGUAAUGCCUAAAUGCAGUGUUACCUGAGAAGCAAUAAAAUUGUAUCUUGGCACACAUAAAAAAUUAUCUGUAUGGUUUAUUAUUUGGGUUUGGAAAGGUUUGCUGUAUUGAGUAGUCCUAACAAUCUUGAUAACUGCUGUUUUCUAGCAGCCCUUUCGUACUAAAGUUUGAGAUUUUUAUAUUUUAGUACAGAGAUUUUAUAUUUUAGUCCAGAAUUGCUGUGCUCUCUCUGCACUUGGAUCAUCUUCUGCUGUUUCAGGAAACAAUACCUUAAGAGACCACAGUAAAAAAGCUUGUAUCCUGCUACUGAAACUGCAGCUCAGACUAGAUAGAAAGCCAAGGGUUUUCACUGGAGCCCAAGGGAAGGUUGUUUGGUAACUCUUGUUGAAAUUCAGUGGGAGCUGGGUGCUGAGACACUAAGCAUCAUUGCCUGCAGCUAAACAUGACACUUCCAAAUCCACUGCAUUCUGCCCCAACAAAAAAAACUGCAUCUGAGCUUUGACAAGCAAUCACAUUUUCUUCUACAUUACUCAAUGAAUUUGGAAUAAAAUUAGCAUCAAAUGAGAGAUUAUAUUCCUUUAUUUGUUCUCAAUUUCUAUUAAUGCUUGGGAUACACUGGGUAUUUUCCAGUAUGAAAUAAUGCAAGAAGAGUGGUACUCAGAAUAUGCCCAGCUACGAUUAAGGCAAACAUGCCAGUUAAAAUGAAAUUCAAGCCAAUCAAGUUAUCAAUCAUUCUAAGUAUAAUGGAGUCACACUAAGAGCAUUUUUAUAAAACAGAAUACAAAAACAUAUUUUAGAGAACAUAUCAUUGAUGUGAUUUCAUUCUAAAGGCAACCUCCUUCCAUAGCUCUUAGUGUUUCACUUACCAACCUUCAGCAAUGCGCAGUAUAUUUUGUGCACUAAAUCUUCCUUUCAAGCUCAAUGCACUGUGGAAGAGUAACUCCAAAAGAGACUAGAGCUUCUGGGUUUAAAUUUAACACUAUUUAAGGAAAGCAAACCUUUGCUAGGGGAUAUAACUGUUAACAUUGUGAUUUUUCAAGCCUAAGGUUUCUAAUGGGGUUUGACUGUUCCAGAGAUAAGAUUUUUUUUUCCUAGGUAACAUAUUUCAAGUCAUAUUAUGAGCAAAUGUUACAAAAUUUUAGUGUAAUGUGAAAUACUGUAAUGUCAGAUAGCAUUAUUUAUCUGCUUAAUAUGACUAAACCCAUUAAUUGCUGGGAGCCAUGCUUCAUCCCAGCAACAUGAAAAUUCAUUUUGUGCCUAUCUUGUCAGUUAUUGCCAAUUUUCUUAAUGAAUAGUGACGUAGUGAAAUUCUGUCGGGAAAUGUGUUUAUGUAUUUCCAGCUGCAGGUUCUGUGUGCUAACUUCCUGUUACACAGAUCCUCCAUUACCUACAUGUUUUCAUUAUGCCUAUGCCACACCGUAUCAAAGGUGCGUUUUUCCUCCUUAUGUAUCUGGAAAGCCAUUAUUAUUGCACAUGCAGUUUUAAUUAUUAGAAUUUAUGGAAUGAACUAAGUGGCUAAUGUGCAUUGUCUUAUAUUUCCAUUCAGUGAUUCAAUCGAGUUAAAUCUGUCUCCCAUUCCAAUCAAGGUACUUUACAUAACUCCCUGUGGAAUGGAGAAUGCAGCUCAUCCUUAUCCUAUUACUUUUACACAAGUAUCUUAAAAUAGUCACAUAAUGAUUUACUGUCACAAUACAGAAGUCAGUCUGGAUCCCAGUGAACUUAACAGCAGAACCCCUUGACCCUGUGCAGAGGGACAAAGGCCUCGGCCACAUAAAAGCAAGCACAGAUACAAUGGGGUGGAUGGUGGGACUUGAGGUUCCAAGAAAUUUGAUGACCAUCAGCUCCCAAUCCCCAUCUUACUACUGAACAAUAAUGCUAGGAUUUUAGGUUGAUUCAUUCUCACGUAAGGUAUUCAGGGCAUAAGCCUGUUUCAAGGAGGACAAUGUCUAAUGGUCUGUUCAAAUACAUUUAUCCCUUCUACUGAGUGAUGAUAUCUCUCUUAGACAGCUGAUUACCAUUAGCAUAUGUGACCAUUGGCACAUGUAGCUUGUUUUGCAGGGUGGCAGAAGACGCCACAUGAAACAUUUCAAAGCCAAAGAUGUUGCAAAGCCUGGC